CGUGGGUUUGCGGACGCAGCCACGUGAGUCCAGUGAAGGCGAGUGGUGUCGCAGGGACGUCUUCUGGCUGUUUGCGUGGCCUGCGUGGCCCUCUCACCCAGGCCUUCCAUUAGAAGCGCAGACGUUUGGGACUAAACGCUAGGCGAGGCAACGCCCUGGCCCUCCCCGCCGGCGGCCAUUCUCUGGUCCUGUCUUUCUUCCGGGAGGCGGUGUCAGCCGCUGGAAGUGUUCCAGCCCCAGUCUCUCCCCUUUUUUGCGGUCCCGUUGGUGCCGUCCUCCCAAAAACCGUGCCUUCUGUAUUAGUUGCCAUCUUUCCUGUGAAGGAGCAGGGAGGGCUUCCUCCCGGGCGGCGGUGCAGCCGGUUGUGGAAGAAUUAGAGGAGAAGUUGUCGGGGUCCGCUCUGAGGACUCAGCCGCAUCAUGGGGGUCCAGGGGCUCUGGAAGCUGCUGGAGUGCUCCGGGCGGCAGGUCAGCCCCGAGUCGCUGGAAGGGAAGAUCCUGGCAAUUGAUAUUAGCAUUUGGUUAAACCAAGCACUUAAGGGAGUCCGGGAUCGCCAUGGGAACUCAAUAGAAAAUGCUCAUCUUCUCACUUUGUUCCAUCGGCUCUGCAAACUCUUAUUUUUUCGAAUUCGCCCUAUUUUCGUGUUUGAUGGGGACGCUCCUCUAUUGAAGAAACAGACUUUGGCAAAGAGAAGGCAGAGAAAGGACUCAGCGUCCAGUGACUCCAGGAAAACGACAGAGAAGCUUCUGAAAACAUUUUUGAAAAGACAAGCCAUCAAAACUGCCUUCAAAAGCAAAAGAAAUGAAGCACUACCAAGUCUUACGCAAGUUCGAAGAGAAAACGACAUCUAUGUUUUGCCUCCUUUACAAGAGGAAGAAAAACAUAGUUCAGAAGAGGAAGAUGAAAAAGAAUGGCAAGAAAGAAUGAAUCAAAAACAAGCAUUACAGGAAGAGUUCUUUCAUAAUCCUCAAGCGAUAGAUAUUGAGUCUGAGGACUUUAGCAGCCUGCCCCCCGAAGUAAAGCAUGAAAUCUUGACUGAUAUGAAAGAGUUCACCAAGCGAAGAAGAACAUUAUUUGAAGCAAUGCCAGAGGAGUCCAAUGACUUUUCACAGUACCAACUCAAAGGCUUGCUUAAAAAAAACUAUCUGAACCAGCACAUAGAACAUGUCCAAAAGGAAAUGAAUCAGCAACAUUCAGGACACAUCCGAAGGCAGUAUGAAGAUGAAGGGGGCUUUUUGAAGGAGGUAGAGUCAAGGAGAGUGGUCUCUGAAGACACUUCCCAUUACAUCUUGAUAAAAGGUAUUCAAGCUAAGAAAGUUGCAGAAGUGGAUUCAGAGUCUCUUCCUUCUUCCAGCAAAAUGCACAGCAUGUCUUUUGACAUGAAGUCAUCUCCAUGUGAAAAACUGAAGACAGAGAAAGAGCCUGAUGCUACCCCUCCUUCUCCAAGAACUUUACUAGCUAUGCAAGCUGCCCUGCUGGGAAGUACCUCAGAAGAGGAGCUGGAGAGUGAAAUUCGAAGGCAGUCCUGUGAAGGGAAUGAACCUGCUACUGUAGACAAAGGCUCCAUAUCACCCCGGACUCUUUCAGCUAUUCAGAGAGCUCUUGAUGAUGAUGAAGACAUAAAAGUGCAUGCUGCAGAUGAGGUGCAGACAGGAGGACCAGGAGCAGAACUGCGUAUAAACUGCUCCACUGAGGACAGUGAUGAAGGACUUAAAGUGAGAGAUGGAAAAGGAAUGCCCUUGACUGCAACACUCGCGUCAUCUAGUGUGCACUCUGCAGAGGAGCAUGUAGCCAGCACUAAUGUGGAGAGAGAACCCACAGACUCAGUUCCAAAAGAACAAAUGUCACCUAUUCACGUGGACACUGCAGCCUUUCCAAUAAGUGAUGAGUCUAUGGUUAAGGACAGCAAAGACUGGCUGCCUCUGAAGAGCACAGUGGUUACACAUGGUGACACACUUGGGCUCCUAAAUGGAAAGGAACUGACACUGGCACCUCCAGCUCUUACAAGUUCUGUGUCAAAGAAUGAAACACAUGCCAGCGUGCUUGAGCUACAGAAACAGCUUUGCCCAUCUGAGAGUAAAUAUGGUUCCUCUGUUCUUUCAAGUGAUGAUGAAACAGAAUGUGAACCACAUCCUGCUUCUGAAGUCAUUGGCCCUGUUGGUUUGCAAGAAACGAGUAGCAUAGUAAGUGUCCCUUCAGAGAUAGUAGGCAACUUAGAAAAUGUGGUGUCAUUUAAUGCUAAAGAACGGGAGGAUUUUCUGAAAACCAUUGAAGAACAGCAGACCAUUGAAUCUGCAGGCCAGGAUUUAAUUUCCAUUCCAAAGCCUGUGGAACCAGUGGAAAUUGACUCAGAAGAAAGUGAAUCUGAUGGAAGUUUCGUUGAAGUGAAGAGUGUGAUUAGUAAUGAAGAACUUCAAGCAGAAUUGCAUGAAACUUCCACACCUCCCUCCGAACCAGGCAAACAGGAACUGAUAGGAACUAGGGAGGAAGAAGCCCCUGCUGAGUCUGAGAGCCUCCCGAGGGACAACUCUGAGAGGGAGGAUGAGGAUGGUGAGCCACAGGAAGCUGAGAAAGAUGCGGAAGAGUCACUCCAUGAAUGGCAAGAUAUCGAUUUGGAGGAGCUGGAAACUCUGGAGAGCAACCUCUUAGAACAACAGAAUUCACUGAAAGCUCAAAAGCAGCAGCAAGAACGGAUCGCUGCUACUGUCACCGGACAGAUGUUCCUGGAAAGCCAGGAACUCCUGCGCCUGUUCGGCAUUCCCUACAUCCAGGCCCCUAUGGAAGCAGAGGCACAGUGUGCCAUCCUGGACCUGACUGAUCAGACUUCUGGAACCAUCACUGAUGACAGUGAUAUCUGGCUGUUUGGAGCACGGCAUGUCUAUAAAAACUUUUUUAAUAAAAACAAGUUUGUAGAAUAUUACCAAUAUGUGGACUUUCACAAUCAAUUAGGAUUGGACCGGAAUAAGUUAAUAAAUUUGGCCUAUUUGCUUGGAAGUGAUUAUACUGAAGGAAUACCAACUGUGGGUUGUGUAACUGCCAUGGAAAUUCUCAAUGAAUUCCCUGGGCAUGGCCUGGAACCUCUCCUAAAAUUCUCAGAAUGGUGGCAUGAAGCUCAAAAAAAUCCAAAGAUAAGACCUAAUCCUCAUGACACCAAAGUGAAAAAAAAAUUACGGACAUUGCAACUCACCCCUGGCUUUCCUAACCCAGCUGUUGCUGAGGCCUACCUCAAACCUGUGGUGGAUGACUCACAGGGAUCAUUUCUGUGGGGGAAACCUGAUCUCGACAAAAUUAGAGAAUUUUGUCAGCGGUAUUUCGGCUGGAACAGAGCGAAGACAGAUGAAUCUCUGUUUCCUGUAUUAAAGCAACUCAACGCCCAGCAGACACAGCUCCGAAUUGACUCCUUCUUUAGAUUAGCACAGCAAGAGAAAGAAGAUGCUAAGCGUAUUAAGAGCCAGAGACUAAACAGAGCUGUGACAUGUAUGCUCAGGAAAGAGAGAGAAGCAGCAGCCAGUGAAAUAGAAGCAGUUUCUGUUGCUAUGGAGGAAGAAUUUGAGAUACUUGAUAAGGCAAAAGGAAAAACCCAGAAGAGAGGCAUAACAAAUACAUCGAAAGCCUCAUCAAGCCUGAAAAGAAAGAGGCUUUCAGAUUCUAAAGGAAAGAAUACAUGUGGUGGAUUUUUGGGGGAGACCUGCCUGUCAGAAUCAUCUGAUGCAUCUUCAAGUGAGGAUGCUGAAAGUUCAUCUUUAAUGAAUGUACAAAGGAGAAAAGCAGUGAAAGAGCCAAAAAUCAAUGCUUCAGAUUUGCAGAACUCACUGAAGAAAGCUCCUGUGAAGUAUGGAGGUGCGACCACCAGCAGCUCUAGUGAUGACGAUGGAGAGGAAGAGAAGACAGUCCUCGUGACUGCCACAUCUGUGUUUGGGAAGAAAAGAGGGAAACUGAGACGUGUAAGAGGAAGAAAAAGGAAACUUAAUUAAAAAAUAUGUAUCUUCUAUAAUUAGGUAUGACAGCCUUUGUAAUGAAUUUGUUAGGACAUAAUAAAAUUAACUGUAUUUGCACAGUC